CUGGGCCACUAUUUCGAUGGCUGUUGCAGGGCUCAAAAUUAGUCUUCCUACUCCCAUUCUGUUCAUCUCUCUCUCUCUCCUCCCCACCCCCUUUCUCCUCCAAAUUAAACAGAGUUUUGCACCCCCCAAAAAAAAAAAAAAAAAAAAAAAGCAUGAUUUUUGUUGGUGGGCUACCAUUUUCCACUGACCCAUCGUCUCAGGGAAGUGAUACCCUCUCUGCUUUGAUGGAACACCCCAUUCUGGUAUCUGUCUCAAAUUCUCUCAAGGCCAUCCCAGUGAGGAAUUUUUCAGUUAAAGAAGAAUCUACCCAGGAGAGAGCAACUAAGACUAAAUGGGUUUACGCAUUCCAAAGAGAAUAUGCAACCGUCGAUCCUGCACUUGUCGAUUUUGUUGGCACCGAUGAAGCAACAACCUGCGUGGGUCUUGUUAUUCACAACAGGAAAAAUGGAAUAACCUCAGUUGCUCAUAUGGAUUCUCCAGAUAUUGUAGAUAUGGGCCUCUUCCAGAUGUUAUUGCUUGUUGUUGAUCACAAUUUGGAUGCUGAAUUAGAGGUGCAUCUAGUUGGUGGUUUUGAAGAUGUUUCACCUAAUUUUCUUAAGUCUUGCACUAGAUCAGAAAGCGAUGCAAAGUUGGAGGGUUAUUCCUAUCCUUUGUGUGCCAAAAUUUUUGAAACUUUGUGCACGAGACGAGAGAAGUUUCAUAUUCAGACUGCCUUUAUUCUUGGGCAUAACACCAGAAGGGAUUCUGAAGGGAAUGCAUUCCCCAUUUUCAAUGGGUUAGCGGUAGAAACUUCCACUGGAUCAGUUAUCCCUGCCUGUUUUGAUGGAGCAAGAUGUCCGGAUGAAAUUGUCAGGAGAAUUCGAGUAACUGCAUCCUAUGAGGAUUGCAGUUGGAACGGCAAGUUACUGGAUACAUAUGAUACUCGAACUGAUCAAUUCAGAAUUGCUUCCUGUUGCUGGACCUCUCGGCAAAGAUAUAUUGCUUUGACACGACGACAUCUAACUGAUUCUGAAAUCCUCCUCACGUGUUCUACUUCACCUUCUGCUGAGGGCCCAGAUUUUGUGGAUAAUUUAAGAAGGCAGUGUGAAUAUCUGAUUAAAUACCCAGAUUGGAGAGAAACCUUCCCUUUGAAGCAGCCACGUGUCUUCGAAAGGACCAGCGAUGGAGAAUGGAAAAGGUGCUGAUUACAGUUUGGAGGUUCUUAGCACAAAGGUCAAUGUUUGAAGCUACUACUAUUAUUGUUAUUUCAAAUGGAUGGUAUUGGCUGAAAUCUGUUAUCUGCUGUCAUAAACCCUAGGUUUCAAGGGAUGUUUGCUGUAAUUUUUCUAAGGGAAGAUUGUGUUUG